GAACUCAAAAAUAAUUCCCUCCCCCUCCACCACCCACUGUCAGGCACCCUAAACAAAGGGAGUGAGCUCCCAGCCAGUCAGACAGCUUUGAGCCCAGUCAUCCCUCCUCCCCUCCGGGCUGCUAGUAAACCUUCACACAGGCAGGCAGGCAGGCAGGCCAUCCCCUGGCUACCACAGCUGCUGUGCCGGUUGGGCCUGCCCUUAGAAAAGAGACAACCCAAAACUGCCCCCUCAACACACAGACACACUGAAAAGGAGGCAGGCAGUAGAGUCUGUCUUUCUGUUUCUAUCUCUCUAUCAUAUAACAACUACAGGACCAUCACUUUAACCUUUUGGAAUAUUCCUUCAUAUUUAAGUAGAGAGGACCAGAGAAGAACUGACAGAACUGUAUAACAAAAUAAACAAACCUGGACACAGUAAUCAUUAGCCCGACUUCUGCCGGCCCAGCAGUACCUCCAUCUCCCCAGAGACUUCCUCUCACACAGACAGACAGACAGACAGACAGACAGACAGACAGACAGACUGACAGACAGACAGACAGACAGACAGACAGACAGACAGACAGACAGACUCAUCCAGCCAGGUAAUCUGUGUCUUCUCCCCACCUGGUUUAGUGCCGGCCUAGUUAGGUGUCCCUUAUCUACUUAGGUGUCCAGUAUCUAGUUAGGUGUCCCUUAUCUACUUAGGUGUCCAGUAUCUAGUUAGGUGUCCCUUAUCUACUUAGGUGUCCAGUAUCUAGUUAGGUGUCCCUUAUCUCAUUAGGUGUCCAGUAUCUAGUUAGGUGUCCCUUAUCUACUUAGGUGUCCAGUAUCUAGUUAGGUGUCCCUUAUCUACUUAGGUGUCCAGUAUCUAGUUAGGUGUCCCUUAUCUACUUAGGUGUCCAGUAUCUAGUUAGGUGUCCCUUAUCUACUUAGGUGUCCAGUAUCUAGUUAGGUGUCCCUUAUCUCAUUAGGUGUCCAGUAUCUAGUUAGGUGUCCCUUAUCUCAUUAGGUGUCCAGUAUCUAGUUAGGUGUCCCUUAUCUACUUAGGUGUCCAGUAUCUAGUUAGGUGUCCCUUAUCUACUUAGGUGUCCAGUAUCUAGUUAGGUGUCCCUUAUCUACUUAGGUGUCCAGUAUCUAGUUAGGUGUCCCUUAUCUCAUUAGGUGUCCAGUAUCUAGUUAGAUUUCCAAUAUCUCUUGGUCCAGCCCUGCUACCCAGUGCUCCAGUCUCUGCAGCCUAUACCCAGGCCCCUCCAGACCAGGCUUUCUCAGGUCCAGGUAUCCUUGCCAGGCCUACCGCCUAACCACCUCCAGAUAAGCCUUCGCGGCCUCCAUUCCUCUAGCCAGGUAGGCCCGCCAACCCCAGUACUCCAGUCUUGCUACUCCACCCAGGCUCUUCCAGUCCAGGUGCAGCUAUCGCUGUCCGGCCCGGCCAUGGUUCUGUGUGAGGACAGGGAGUGUGGGGUGUGUUAUCAGCCAUACUCCCGUCAGGAUCGGAUCCCCCGGGUGCUCCACUGUAGACACACCUUCUGUGCCACCUGCUUAGAGACCAUGUCCCAGCCCAAGAGUGACAUGGUCACCGUGUGCUGCCCGCUGUGCCGCCAGACCACCUGUGUAGGGCGCGGCCUCAGCCUUCAGGAGGCGCUGUGGGUCAACUCACGCCUCUGGGAAUACAUACCUGAGAGCAAAGAAGAGGAGGAGGAGGUGAAGGAAGAAGAGGAGGAAGAGGAGGGGAAGGGAGAAGAGGAGGAGGAGAGAGUGGAGGCUGACAGACAGACACAGGCCUCCUCACAGGCAGAAUGCCCUACGUCGAAGCGCUCUAGAAAAAUGCUGAAAUUUCCGGCCUUCCUCAGGAAAUUCAGUCUGACAAAACCACAGCAUCAAGAGAGUCUUGUGCCUGGUUGUGGCAACGUGGAGAUGAAAUCCUGGCGCAGGCUUCCAACUGCUGACACUUUUUAGGUCUCUCACGCGCUAGACGCAGUGAUGUACGUGUACUGUAUAAACAAUGGAGUGUUUACAGUUCCUCUCUGAUAUAAUAAUCUGCAUCUUUUGAACAAUGACGUGUAGAUUACCAGUUGACACCCACAGUCAACGGGCAACACUGUUAAAGCUCGGAGACAGUUGGUCUGUAUCCAAUAUGGCACCCUAGUCCCUACAGGCUCUGGUUAAAAAUAAUGCACUAUAUAGGGAAUAGGGUGGCGUUUAGGACGUACGUUUGGAGAAGCCAGUACGCGACCAUGUGUGUAUUGACUCUGACAAGAUAGCCUUUAUUGUUGAGAAGCAGCGAAACCGCCCCCCAGUGGUCCUGUCUUCUUCCCCAUUGGUUAUUUUAGCCUUAAUUCCCCACAGCUGGUGGGAUUUGGUUCAGCUGUCUCGAGGACAGACGUCCCAGUGGAAGCCAGGGUACCCCCUCCAACCACUCCCUCCUGCUGCCCCCCCCGCCUCUUAACAGAUGGCCUCCUGAGGAUGAACCCCCUCCACCCUCCUCCUUCCCCAGUGUCUGCAAACAGAGCGUUUAAUUUAUUAUCAGCUUUUGCAUUCACGUCAAUUUUUUUAAAAAUAUAUUAUCUUUAAUAAAUAAAAAUCAAUUUGAAAAUAUGAA